AAACUAGCUUAAUUUUUCAACAUGGAGAAUAACAGAGAGUUUGGGAGAGCUGUGGCUGUGCAAGUCACUGUAAUGUCGGCGAGUCGUUUGAAAGGCAGCAGGACUGAUUCAUGUCUCAGUUUCGUUCGGGUGGAGUUUAAUGGAUGUGUGCUGGGAGACUCACAAAAACUGGAGGUUCCUGUGGACAAAGAUGUGGUUUACAACUUCUCCUGUAAUUUCGAAUGCUCAGAAGUUGCACACACACUUGAUGAUGUGGCACAUAAACCUGUCAUAUUAACGGUGCUUGAGAUUCUACCAAAAGAGAAAAAACAAAAAGAAGAGAAAACCGCUGCAUUAGGACAAGCCAGUGUGGAUCUGCUGCCUCUGCUACGAGGUCAAUGUAACUUCUCCUCCACUGUGCUUCUUCAUGCGGUGUCUGGAUCUCCGGCUGAUGUUGCCUUACGUGAAGAUGGCAUAAAAGUACAGUCCACACUCGAUGUGACUGUGAGCGUUUCAGAGCCGCUGCUCUCUGAUGCCCAGCGCUCGGACUCAAAUGUGCUGAUGGUCACUGUAGAGACGGCGUAUUCGGUUCCUGAGGUCUGGAAUCCUUCCUGCACACCUCCAUCUAGCUUCGUAGCUGCCCUGCAGAUGCCCGUCUCAGCCACUAAAGAACAAAUCUUAUCAUUCUCUAAUGGUGUCUUGAAAACGGGUGGUGAGAAGGAGCCACUGCCAAGACCCAAGAAAUGGCCUUUGGGGCCUCUUCUAGCUCCCGGGGCUGAGGUCAUCCAGGGCCUUUAUAUUGAUGCAGAACCCAAAGACAUGGAUCACGGAGACCUUACUGACAUAGAGGACAAGAAUUUCAGAGCAGAUGCCGAGUGUAAUCAGAAAAGGGUGAGUUGGGAUACAGCCCGCCGUUGCUUAAUUGAUGCAGGAGGUGUGGCCAGCCUGUCCCACAAGAUUGUCCAAUGCAGAUUUUGGCCUGUUGAGAUUAUGAAAGUCACUCAGACGGUACCAGUCAAAGGUGCAAAGCCAAGCAAGGACAAGAUGGGAGAGGAAGAGAUACAGAUCUCAUUUCAUGGAGUGGUGUACAUAGAUCUGGUGCCAUUGUUGUACCCUGGAGUGCGGCGUAUACACGGGGUGUACAGAAUCUACCCAUUUUAUGAGGCUGAUCUGCUAAAUAAGACUCAGAGGACCCACAGUGUUCUAAAGGAGUACAUCAGAGCAGCACCGCUGCCGGGCCGCGCUCGUGCCAAUUCCUCGGUCAGCUCUAUAAAGGCAUUUCAGACCAAAAACAUGGAGAACCAAAGAGGAAACAAUGAGACUUUCAAGAAGCCAGAUUCUCAGGGAAAACCAGCUCAGGCUGAGAUUGUGAGUGGACAGGAGCAGCAGGUGAACACGGAGGGCGAGAUGUACGCCGAUUCAAGAUCAUAUAUUAUUAUCGACAUUUCUGUGGAAAAGCCGCUGGUUCCAAAAAGACCUCCGGAGGAGCUGGCCAAACGGGUGAUGGAGCUGGUUCCUCCAAGACCUCCUCUGCCUCGACGGCCAGCAGGAGCAGAACGAGCAGUGGAGGAGUACCAGACUCAGAUAGCCAGCGUGACGGCUCAGUUGUUGGAUCAGUACCAGCAGAUGUUUGUGUCUGGCGGAAAAGCUCUGAAUCCAGUCCUGCAGGAGCAGCGCAAACAGCAGCUGCUGGGAGAACUCAACUGCUCUGGCAAAUACUUCGCCUACAAGGAACAGAUGAAGUACUCUGUGGUGCGGAUUGUAAGAGAGAAGAUGUUGAGGACUGAAGCUUUCUCCGACCCUGAGCAGCUGCAGGCGUUUCUCAGUCAGCUCUAUGUGUUCCUGGUGGAUGAGAUGCAUGCGGCUCUCAAUAAGACCCUGUCAGUGGACCCUCAGGAGUCUCAAGCUGAAACUUCGCUCAGUUGCGUUCAGCUCAAACACUUCGCCAAAGAGGCUGAGCUCAACUCAGACUACCAGCUGGCAGAACAUUACUAUCAGGAGUGUUUGAUUCAAGAGCGCAGCGACGCAUCCCACUGGUUUGAUUAUGGAGCUUUUCACAUGCUGACCGCUGACUAUCUAAAGGCAGAGGAGUGCUUUCAGCAGGCCUUAUCCAUCGAACAAACACACACGCCGAGUCUGCUCAUGUGUGGGAUUCUGGCGGACAUGAACCGACGCUUUGAGGAUGCAGAAACUUUCUUUGAAAGGGCGACUUCUGUGGAGCCAAAAAGUGUGGUCGCAUGGACUGUAUUUGGGUUGUUCAGCCAGAGUCAGGAGAAUUCCAUUCAGGCAGAGAUGGCUUUUCGGGAGGCCAACAAACAGCUUAUUUCAUCCUUGCAGAAGGACAUGGCAUCUGAAUCAGAAUUAACCACUGAAACUCAAUCUGGUCAAGAAAACGUCCAGAAAGAGGAUGGAUGUAUAAAGAAAACAGGCGAUGCAGAUAAAGAUGCUGUACGAGAAGAAGAAAGGCCACAGAAGAAGCUGGAGAGUAAACAGCAGAUGUCAUCCAGCAGUGUCUACAUGGAGACUGUGUGGUUUCUCCUGCGCAGUCAUGCAUUACAGAUGGCCCAGCGUGCUCUGGCUUCAGAGCUGUUGUCUCCAGAAAAAGACAUAAGCUUGUAUAAUCUGGCUCUUGCUCAGCUUCAGAUGCUGCGAGGAGACCCUGACAGUGCUGAAUCCAGCCUGAAGGAGGCGCUCACUGACAACUUCCAGAAUCCUGAUAUUUGGGCCCUGUGGGGUCACUUGCAUUACCUGAGGGCCGAUUACACUCAGGCUCAGAGCUGCUAUGAACGAACGCUGGAUUUGGUGCUGGACACUUCACACACACACUCUGUAUUCCUGCGCUUGGGCACCAUCUACCUGCAGGAUGGAGAAUAUGAAAAAGCCAAAUCGGUGUUCCUGCGUGCCUGCAAACACUCUCCAUCAUGCCUCACUUGGCUCCGGCUGGGAAUUGCCUACUAUAGACUGGAGGAGCUGACUGAAGCUGAAGAAGCUCUGACCGAAGCCAACGUUCUGAAUAACAGGAAUGCAGAGGUGUGGGCUUACCUGUCUCUAGUCUGUUUACAGACCGGCAGAAAACUAGAGGCAGAGCAGUCAUAUAAAUACGCCAUAAAGAUGAAUUUACCAGCGGAGUCACUUCUGCAGGAGAUCCACGACCUGCAGUCACGUGUUGGCUUUGGGAAUCCAUGCUUCUGAUGUGCACAUAUUUAUCCUUGUAUAUGUAGUUUUGAACCAUAAAACAAAUCACUAAAUGCUAAUUAUAAAAGGUGGAAAUGAUAAUUAAAUAUAGUUUUAACAUAAUUAGCUGUAGUCUUUCUUUUUCAU